AUGCAAUCAACUAUACAUUUACAAUCCACACAAGAAGUAGACGCACAUGCACCUGCAAGCACGUAUUAUACAACAGGCAACAACGCUGGUACAGCCACACGUCGUCUCCAAACACUCAACAACCAACGACAUGAAGUAGACGCCCUUAAACGACGUCGAGCAUCACAUGAUGACAAGAGCAAGGCACAAAAGUUUUUAUUGGAUGUCAAAGAAACGUUACGCAUUCUGGUGGAACAAGAGGAUACAGAUGGUGAUUUUCAAAUUACUGUCAAUGAUCUUGGACCAAAGACCUUUUCGGUGGGCACAGCUGAUUCCGGAGGAUACCGCAAAAUCGACAUUCGAGGAACAUACAUGUUAUCAAAUUUGCUUCAAGAACUCGCAUUGGCCAAGGAUUUUGGACGUAAACACAUAGUGCUAGAUGAAGCACGUCUUAAUGAAAAUCCUGUGAGCCGAUUAUCACGCAUGAUCAGGUGCCAUUUUUGGGACGCAUUGACCCGACGCAUGGAUGCCCACAGCGUAGAAAUCAUUUGUGCUGAUCCCAAGAACCGAUCUUCCGAUACCCACCCACGCAUUUAUGUCCCAUACCAUGAUACAGCUGCCAUGGAGUAUUACCAAAAAGUUGCUGAAGAACGCAAACACCUAAAAUUGAUUGUUGAACGGCUACCUGAGCACAUUACGCCCGAGUUUGUAAAGAGCAUCAAUGAAAAGCCAGGCAUUCUUGCCCUUGCAAUGGAGAAAAAGGAUGACGAGUUACAAGGUGUACCCUUCGUGGUUCCUGGUGGUCGUUUCAAUGAAAUGUAUGGCUGGGAUUCUUAUUUCAUCGCACUCGGCUUGUUGGUGGAUGAUCGUGUAGAGCUUGCCAAAGCCAUGGUUGACAACUUUGUAUACGAGAUUAAGCAUUACGGCAAGAUUCUCAACGCCAACCGCUCUUAUUAUUUAUCACGCUCGCAACCACCUUUCCUCACUGAUAUGGCAUUGAGCGUGUAUGCCAAGCUGAAUGAUAAAGAAUGGUUACGGCGUGCAAUGACAGCAGCCAUUCAAGAAUACCAUACCGUGUGGACAUCUGAACCUCGCCUUGACCCAAAGACAGGCCUAUCACGCUUCCGCCCUGAUGGUGUGGGUAUCCCCCCAGAGACCGAAGCAUCCCAUUUUGAUCAUAUCAUUCGACCUUUUGCCGAUGAGAUGCAACUCGACAUCAACCAAUACAUGCAGCAAUACAAUGAUGGUAUUAUCAAGGAACCACGUCUUGACGAGUACUUUUUACACGAUCGUGCUGUACGUGAAUCGGGUCAUGAUACCACCUAUCGCUACGAAAAACGAUGCGCCAAUCUUGCGACCAUUGAUCUCAAUGCACUACUAUACAAGUACGAGACCGAUAUUGCCGAUUGUAUUCGAGACAUCUUUGAUGAUGAAUUUGUGAUGCCCGAUGGACAAGUACAGCAUGCUGCUGAAUGGACUCAACGUGCCGCGUUGCGAAGAGAACGAAUUGACAAGUACUUGUGGAAUGAGGAAAAAGGAUUGUAUUAUGAUUAUGACACAGUACUCGAGACACAAAGCACCUAUGAUUCCGUUACAGCUUUUUGGGCCAUGUGGGCUAAAUGUUCAAGCAUGGAUCAAGCUGAACGUAUGACAAAAAUGUCAUUGCAUAAAUUCGAAGAACUGGGCGGUCUUGUUUCUGGAACAGAAGAAUCUCGUGGCGUCAUUUCACUCGAUCGUCCUAAUCGUCAAUGGGAUUUUCCUUUUGGUUGGGCUCCCCAUCAAAUCAUGGCAUGGCGUGCGUUUGAAAAUUAUGACAUGCCAGAUAUUGCUCGUCGCUUGGCUUAUCGAUGGCUGUAUACGAUCACCAAAUCAUUUGUCGAUUUUAAUGGUGUCGUGCCUGAAAAGUAUGAUGUAGUGAGUCUAACACACAAGGUGCAAGUUGAAUAUGGCAAUGUGGGUGCAGACUUCAAGUACGUUUCGCGAGAAGGCUUUGGAUGGAUGAACGCCUCAUAUCAAAUUGGUCUCCAAUUGCUCAAUACCCAAAUGCGACGUGCUCUCGGUACCAUUACCAAUCCCGAUCUAUUCUUCGAAAAGGCUCUUGAACGACAACACUUGUCAAACGAUGCUCACCGCCAACGUCGCAAAUCUUCAGCUGCUGCAGCCAAGGCUAUCACACAAAAUGGCGGAAUUACUGCUGCCAUCACUACCAUCACUGGUUUUGGUGCUUUUACUCCUUUAACUACCGAACCUCCAUCUCCAUUGCCCACAUCAUCCUUCAAUCCAUAA